AAACGUCUCUAUGUAAUACUUUCCGCGCCAAAUCCCUUCCUUUUAUAUAUCUCUACGCUACGCUCUCUCUCUCUCUCUGAUUAUAUCGAUUUCGUUUUCUCUCUCUCUCUCUGUGGUCGUUAAUGGCGAUCGAGGUUCCAUUUGGGGAUUUAAACCCUAAGACCUGCGCGGUUCUUGGAGGGCGAGGGUUUCUAGGAAGAUCGCUCGUCUUCACCCUCCUUAAACUGGGUAACUGGAUCGUUCGAGUCUCCGAUUCCCCUCACUCUUUGCAACUCCACCUCACUGACUCUUCUGACUCCUUUCUUAACGACGCCAUCUCUUCCGGCCGUGCUUCCUGCCAUCGUCUUGAUGUUCUCGACGUCUCUUCAAUCGUCAAAGCUAUUGAGGGUGCAUCUGUAGUAUUUUAUAUGGAAGCUACUGAUUUAUGGAAUCACGAUUUCUAUUAUUGCUACAAAAUUAUAGUUCAAGGAGCUAAAAAUGUCAUCAAUGCUUGCCGAGAGUGCAAAGUUCGAAAGCUGAUAUAUAACAGUUCUGCAGAUGUAAUUUUUGACGGUUCACAUGAUAUAUGCAAUGGAGAUGAGUCCUUACCAUGCCAUUGGAGAUUUGAGGACAUGUUGAGUGACCUUAAGGCUCAUGCAGAAGCAGUGAUCCUGUUUGCUAACAAUAUUGAUGGCCUUUUGACAUGUGCACUUCGUCCAAGCAAUGUCUUUGGACCUGGAGACACACAGCUUGUGCCAUUCUUAAUGAAAUUAGCAAAAUCUGGUUUUGCAAAGUUUAUUAUAGGAAGUGGUGAAAAUAUGUCUGACUUCACCUAUGCUGAGAAUGUUAUUCACGCCCACAUCUGUGCAGAAGAAGCUCUGGAUUCUCAGAUGAUCUCUGUGGCUGGCAAGGCAUUUUUCAUCACUAAUCUCGAGCCCAUGAAGUUUUGGGAAUUUGUCUCAUUGAUGUUGGAAGGCUUGGGGUAUCAAAGACCUUUGAUAAAAUUCCCUGCCAGUAUGAUGUGGUAUGUUCUCUUGUUUGUCAAAUGGACACAUGAAAAGUUGGGUUUCAAAAAAUAUAAUCAUUCGCUGUCAGCUUACUACUUCCGUUUAGCUUCACACACUAGGACUUUUAACUGCAAUGCAGCCCAAAAAUACAUUGGAUACUCACCAGUUGUCUCUCUAGAUGAUGGUAUUGCAUUGACCAUUGACGCAUUCUCACACUUGGUCAAGGACCCAUCUUUCAUAAGGUGCACUAAUUUUGAAGAACAAUCAAAGGUUGACAAGCUGCUAGGCAGUGGGAAAGUUGCAGACAUUUUACUUUGGAGAGAUGAGAAGAGAACAUUUACAUAUUUCCUUUGCUUUGCUAUGUUGUUUUACUGGUUUUUACUUUCUGAAAGGACUUUUACAUCAUCUGUUGCAAAGCUUCUGCUGAUAAUAACUACCAUCCUCUAUGGAUAUGGGAUUCUACCACUAGAGAUAUCCGGUUUUACCAUUCAGAGGAUAUCUUUGUCUUGGUUUGAAAUUUCAGAAACAGUGGUGAAAGAUUCAGUGACAUUCAUAGCAUAUCUGUGGAAUAGAUGGGUUAACAAGAAUGUAAGAUUAUUGGCCCAAGGAGAGGAUUGGAAUAAAUUCUUUAAGGUCAUGUUCUCUCUCUAUUUUCUGAAGUUGAUUCUGUUGCGAUCAAUGACUCUGGUGGUAGGAAUGGUAGGAAUAGCCCUAGUCUUUUCCUUUACGGCCUUCUUCGUUUAUGAGCAAUAUGAACCAGAAAUUGAUGGACUAGGAAAGAUUCUGCUCGACAGAAUAAAGGAAUCAAAGAGGCUGUUGAUGAGAAAUCUUCCUGAAACCGUGGCAUCAUUUCUACAAAACAAAAGAAUCCUGUAAAAAGAGAAGAGACCUCUUGUGAGAGAGAACAAAUAGCAUGUAGAGGGUCUGGAAAUUUUCUCCCAAGCUCAAUCAGAACACUUGAUGUACGAUCUGCUAGCUUAUAUAGGCUUUUUGCCAAAAACUGGAGAGAGAUGUCCCCCAGCAAAAGAAAGAGAUGGGGUAUGUUAGUACAACACAAACUUUCUGUCUUCUGUUCCUUUUUUUUUUCUCCUGUGUAACACUGAUUGCUAAUUUUCUGAAAGGCUAGGUUUAGGUUGGAGAAACGUUGGACAAAAUGUUGAAAUAUAAUCAGGAAAUAGGUCGAAUUUCAAAUUUAUGAUAUAAUUCUUCAUUUUCUUCUU